GAGCGAGAGUCGAGAGAGGAGAACUACAGAUAAAACUUUUUUUUGUUUAUCCUCUUUUCUUCCUGUCUCAGCUUGCCGGGCUCGAAUCCUUGGAAAUGGCCUCUACUACCAGCGGUGGUGCUUUGACUCCAUAUCUCUCGCACAUGCACCACAGAAGCCCCAGCUCUUCCUGCUCUUCGUCUCUCUCCUUCUUUGCCUCACCAAUGUCAUCUGGUAGUAAGAAUGGGAAGAACCCAAGACGUCUUCAUUUAUAUGCAUUAUUUGGGAAAAAGGAUAACAGUGAUGAGACACCAUCAAAGGCAGGAAUUAUGGGUAAUAUGCAAAACUUGUAUGAAACUGUUAAGAAAGCACAAAUGGUAGUGCAAGUAGAGGCAGUUCGUGUGCAGAAAGAACUUGCUGUGGCAGAAUUUGAUGGCUACUGUGAAGGUGAACUAAUUAAGGCAACACUUUCUGGGAACCAGCAACCUGUGCGCAUUGAGAUCACUGAGGCUGCAAUGGAACUAGGACCUGAAGUGAGCAACUUUUACUCUAUUCCACUGCUAAGUUUUCUAACAUGCGAGAACUUGAGUCUUAUAAAUGUUUCUCUAUUCUCCAGAAACUUUCACUUCUUGUCACAGAGGCCUACAAGGAUGCACACCAAAAGAGUGUCCAGGCUAUGAAAGAGAGAAUGAGCGAUCUUGCCCAAAGUUUAGGAAUGCCACCAGGCCUUGAUGGAUUCAAAUGAGCUUCAUCAUGAUUGAUCAGCUUUGUCCAAAAAACGUAUUUAUUUCUAUUCCGUACUUUUAUUCUUCUUUUCCCUUUCCC